UCACCACCGGGACGCACGUGCUCGGCGUCUCCCCAGGCGCCGAAAAUAAACCCCGCCCCAGUUACGCAUGCGCAGGACUUUCCCCGCCAAUUCUGUGCUUUUCUUUCCCCCCAACCACGUGACACCUACUCGCGGCGAGGCCCGGGCGGCGCGCGAUGGAAGCGGCCCCGGGGGCGGGGCUGCUGGUCUGCGAGCGGCUCCACGCGCGUCACGACCCGCGCUGGCUCCUGCUGCUGCCCCCGCCGCUCUGCCUGGCCUGCGUCAUCGAGACGCUGGGGGCCGGCGGCGCCUCGCUGGUGCGCAAGAAGCAUGUGCUGUCUUGCUUCCGUGAUGUCCUGGCCUGGCAUGCCAUGCCAGUAAUCCAGCUGCUGGCACAGGACGAAAGGGUGUGUGUCCAUUUCAUAGGAACCCUCUUUGGGAUGUUGCAUACAGCAGAAGACAGUAGUGCACUGGAUCUACCCACUGAAGUUCUGGUGCGACUUGUGGCGGAGCUGAAGUUGGAGCAGUAUGUACACUGUGUGUUGGAUGAAAGCCAGAAAGAGUUAUCUAAGGCAGCCACCAUGAGAGGGAGCCUGCCUAUGUUUAAUCUCCUGGGCAAACUGGCAGAUGCCAUCCCGGGUUUAGCUGAUAUAUUGGUAAUUGAACACGGUAACUUAAUGGAACACCUGCUGGCAGGCUUGAUGUACCCCAACGAGGGUGUAAAGGCUGCUGUCUGCUAUCUUUAUGGCAAGCUGUACUCUUCCCCCACUAGUUCAGAAAGGCUGUCAGGGCACUUCACAGAGAGGCUGUGUGACCUCUUCCUGGAUACCCUAGGGAAUGCACAGACAAAGGAACUGCAGGUUAACUGCAUGGGUUUGCUAAAGGAGCUGCUGAAUUCUGACCAUUUUGUAUCAGUUAUUAUGAGCAAUUCAAGAAGAGGGGCAGAUUCCGAGAAUACUGAGUUGUUGGAGGGAGAGAACCCACUGCCACUAGUGCUCAAAAAGCUGUUGCUGUCCAGAGAUGAGAUGCUACAGGUGGCAAGUGUUCAGUGUAUGACUGCUGUGCUUGUGCAUUCUCCUAUCAAAUAUGCUCCUGCCUUUAUUCAUGCAGACAUCCCAGAAUUCCUGUUUGAGUGUCUCUUCUGCACCAAUGAAAUUCUCCUCUGGUCGGUUUAUUGCUGCCUGCUGCUCCUAACUGAGGAGCGGCUUUUCUUUUCCAAGUGUCACACAGUCUAUGGCAUCGAAUCUGUGGUGAGGAGCCUGAAAGGGAUCCUGCAACUGAAUAAUGUGGAGCUGCACAAGCAGGGACUCUUGCUGUUCACUGAAAUACUGAAACGGCAACCAGUGGAAAUCAAGUUAUUCACAAAUCUAGCCAUGUGUAAAGAUGCCAUUGGUGUUCUUGUGGAGGCAGUAAAAUGUCCGGUGCUGGAGGUAGCAGUAGAGGCUGUGAAAGCUGUGUCUGCUAUUCUGAGGAAGGACCACUUGAGCUGCCCCCCAGUGCAGUAUGUAGAGUUGCAGAAACUGAUUGAGACUAUGCUGAAGCGGUGCGCUGACCUAUCACUGCCACCCAUUAACAGGAGGCCCGCAAGUCACCUGGGGCACAGCAUUCAGAACAAAGCAGUUUUGCGACAGGGGCAGUUCCUGCUCAGCACUGUGGAAGGCUUCAGAAAUGCUUGUAGGUUAGCUGUGGAAUGUCAAAGCGACCCUGUGGCUCAGGAGAAUGCUUUCACCGCUCCCGGCUCGGAGAGCGAGAAUACUCUGAGCAGCUUCUCUGAGUUUCUGCUGUGGAUUUGCGACAGCCUUUGCAUCCCCAUAGUCCUGCACUCAGAAAGGAUUUCCAGCCCAGCUCUGAUGGAGGUUUUCAUAUCCACCCUCAGCACCUUGUUCACUGUUGUGCCGAGCAUGCAAGAGAAAUUCUCUAGGAAGCUGGCAUCCUCUUCUUUCAUCCGACUGGCACUGGAGCUGAAGGCCAAAUUCUGCACUGGACAAAGUAACCCUGCUUUGAAUCAAGCCUGUUCCAGCUUCCUCUACAGCAUGUGCCUCAGCCUUCAUUCAGCUGCAGAGAAGAUGGAGGACUCUUCCCAGCAGGAGCGAGAGAUGUCUGAGCUCCUGCAGAGGAGUCUGCCCCAGUUAAACUGCAGUGUGCCUGAAAGCCUCACCCUCCUGUCAGAAACCCCAGAUCCCUUCUGUUUAGAUGAAGCUCUACGUAGCCACCAAUAUUGCCUCCUGCUCCUCUUGUACUGUUCCUACGCCCUGGAAGACAGGUUUGUUCCAGAGGCAGAAUUAUUCUCAGCCAUAAGAAAUUUCCUUCUGUCAGUGCAGGACCAGGGAGACUGUCUCCCUCCUUACGUCUUCAGGGCUGUUCUUUACCUUCUGGCAGUCUGUCAAGACAAAGGCGAAGCCUUAGACUCGAGUCCACUGUGUGCCAUAAGGAGAGUCUUGGAGAAUACAUCAGAUCUGAGCUUGGUCUACAUUCAUCAUCCGCUUCUGCUUAAAUUCUUCCUGCGUUACUCUGAGCUUAUGGGCAGAUUUGGUCGCCGGAUCCUCCAGCUCUGGUUUUCCUGGGAAGACUACAGUCAGAUUGAGACUGAAGAUGCUGUCUCUGGGCUCUCCUCUGGCUUGCCUGAUUAUCCAAACAGCUUUACCACUUUGCUUCACAUCCUGAAGGGCAAUUCCAGUGUUGUACUCAUUUUGCUGGACCUGGUCUGCUUGAGCACCACAGAAGUGGCUCACAAAGUUUUGAUGACCUUGAGUAUGUUCCUGAAAAGAAACGAGGAUGUUGUUGUCUGUGACCUCCUUCGGAGUCAGUUUCUACAGAUCCUGCAGCAGCUUCUAGUGGAGAGCAGCUCCACUACUUUGCGAGCUAGCAAGAACCUGCCUCUGUUGCUGAGACUUCUCUUCCUGGUGCAGCUGAGGAAUGAGGCUGAGAGAGAGCUGGACAGCACAGACUUCAAGCUGCUUCACCAUGUCAGUAACCUCUGUGGGAAAUGCAGACCAGGAGAUGUUGAGCUGCUGCAGCCGUCCUUGAACUUCCUAUAUUGGAGCCUUCACCAGACAACAACAUGUAGUCAGCAGAGAGUGGUGGCUGUAUUGCUCUCUAGUAUGCCUUUGUUGGAGUUGCUCCAGAAGGUUUUGGAGCUCACCUGGAUGUGGCCCUGUCGCUCUGGACCUGCUUUAUCUUCAUCCGAAGAGGCACUUCUCUGCUCUGCUUGGCUGCUGACUGCUUCCCUCUUAACUCAUCAGCAUCGUUACAACUCCGAGGUUCACCAGACGAUCUCUUUGGAUGUAGAAAAGGUCCUGAAUGCAGUUAUCUUCAGAAGGAAGAAGCCUGCACUGCUCUUAGUCAGUAUCCUUCAGUUCCUGCGAGCCAUCCUCAGACAGAACUUCUCUUCCUCCCUGCUGGUGCUCGUAGUCCAGCCCACAGCCCAGAGCAGGAUGGAGCCAUCAUUGUCAGAAAACGAUGCCUCCCUGCAUCCACUGGCCACGUGGCAGGUGCUCUCGCUUGUUGUCAGUCUGCAGAACCUUCUGGUCCAGAAAGACCUGUUGCUGUCUCAGACUGUUGUUACCUGCCUGGAAGUCUUGAUGGAGUACCUGCAUAGGAGGAACCAGGGCGUCGCGCUCCAUGUCGUCUCACAGCCCUGGAAUCGAUUCCUGCUCUUCACACUACUGGAUGGUGGCGAGAACUCCUUCCUUUGUCCAGAAAUUCUCAGGCUGAUGACUUUGGUGAGCAGGGGAGGAGUAGACAUUUCUGCGAAUCUAUUGUGUAUUAGUACAAUGCAGUUUGUGAGAUAUCGGAGCAGCGAUAUUAUUUCUCAAAGUGAAAUUAGCCAGAUACUCCAAGAGGCAGCAAAAGCCAAGUUAGCAGAGCUUCCUGGUGCCACAUCCCACGCCCUACGCCUCUUUCUCCUUCAGCUUCAGAGUGGGAGUUAUGAGAUGGAGCCACCCCAGGAAGGGACCAUUCAGACCUUGCUGGAGAGCCUCCCAGCCAGGACCAGGACCCAUCUAAGCCCACAGGACAUGGUGUAUCCUUUUGCAAGACACACAUCCUUGGGGACUCUGUCCAAAGUGCUGCCGAAGCUAAUGCUGUUGCGAGCCCCUGUAGUGCAGUGACUGUGAGGCAUCUCUGUUGCCUUUGACAAUCACAUGGGAGUCGCCCCUUAAGGAGCUGUCUUUUAAGUAAAACCCCCACUGGGUGGCUGGCGCCAUCCUCAGGAUUCCUGCCAGAGUGGUUCCACCAUCAUGCCAUGUUGGGAGCUGAGGUUUGCUCCAGAAUAAAAGUUCUCAACCUGCACGGAUUGAUCCCAUUCCCCAUGAGGUUCCCUGCAAUUGUCUUUUUUACAGGUAGAGGGAGUAGCGCCCUGAGUCAUCUCCCUUAUUCCUUGCCUCUGGGCUGUUGCAACUGGUCUUGCGAUGCGAGGGAGGCCCAUAAAUCCUUGCACUGUUUUUUACAAAGGAUUCUGGCUCCAUCUGAAUAGGAAUGGUGAUGAAUGACUGCAUAUGAGGGCAGGGCCGGCUCCAGGCCCCAGCACGCCAAGCGUGUGCUUGAGGCGGCAUGCCGUGGGGGGCGCUCUGCCGGUCGGCGGGAGGGCG